AUGAAGAACCCUGUGUUUGCUCUAAUUUAUGGAUCGAUCAUAGCUAUUGGUCUGCCGCUCAACGCCAUAGCGCUAUGGAUUCUGCUUCGUCGCCAUGGCAGUAAAUCAUCCAGUGCCGUAUUCAUGAUCAACCUGGCGAUAUCGGACCUGUUGCUCAUUAUUUCUCUUUUUAUGAGAGUUCACUAUUACUCGUCAGACACCUGGCAGUUUGGAUGGCUGCCAUGCAUCUGGUUCACCAUGCUUUUUCGCAACAACAUCCGCACAAGCUCCAUCUUCAUCACCUUUAUCAGCGUGGAUCGGCUGCUGGCUGUGGUUUACCCUCUGAGGUCACGCCAUCUGCGAACUACAUCCAAAGCUGUGAGAGGUGCUGUAUUUGUCUGGCUGGUUGUGCAUGUGGUGAAUGUUCCCGAGGGCUUUGGCUUUUCGAAACAUUUGGAUAAUCAGACCUGCUUCGAAUUUAACACAGGGAACAACUCAGCAAUAAAUGGGACGCUGCGCAACUCAGCGCUGGCUGACAAACUGCAGCUCGCAAUUGGAUAUUUUCAGCUUGUGCUACUGUUCACCUUACUGGUGGUCAAUAUAUUGUCCAUGGUUAUGGUGUCCUGGACGCUCCACAGGCAUCUGAAUGAUUCUGCAAAGGUGGACAACAAGCUGAAUAUCAAGCUGAUUUUUGCCACGAACUUGAUGAUGUUCAUCGUGUUCUUCCUGCCAGUGUCCUUGGUGGUUUUCUUUGAUAACUUAAGGCCCGUUCUGAGUUGUCUUGCCAGUGUAAACUGCUGUUUGGACCCGCUGUUGUAUUACUUUUCUUUUGAUGGUUUCUGGAAGAAAAAAGAGGGUGUGGAGAUAUCUCUAGCAAGAGACUAG